CAAGUCUUAUGGUUUUGGAGAGCAAUUUAUUUCAUCUGAAAAGCUUGAAGCAGUUACAAAAAAUAUGGUGGACAUCCCAGAAGCUGUGAUUGUUGCAAACCCAAAGCCACCCUCUGAGAAGACAAGACAAAGAAAAUCUACAAGUCGUUUACUGUCAUGUUGUGAUCCUGACUGUGUAAAAGAGUUCAGAAAGGAGAAUCAACUGCUUAACCACCUAGCAGUUGGUAAUCAUGUUUAUGACAAUGAAAAGACCGACAACAUACUGGACACUUCAAAGAGAAUGUGGGCAGAAGUAUGCACCAAAAUCAGAUCUACUCAGCCCAGUGUCAGUGUGGAAACAUGUGAUAUUAACCCUGCUGAUGAAGUCUCGUAUGAGACACCGGCAUACGCACUGAAGCAGCGGAAGAAAAAUACAAGGUUUUCAAGUAAGGUGAAAAAGUAUUUGCUUGAGAUUUAUGAUGAAGGAGAGAAAACCGGCCGAAAAGCCAAUCCAUACACUGUAAGCAGACAGAUGCAAUCUGAAAAAGACUUUGAUGGGGAGAGACUUUUUAGCCCAAGUGAAUGGUUGACACACCAACAAAUCAGAGGUGUUUUUGCAGGUUUUGUUUUAAAAAAACAAAGAAUGCUAAGCUGUACUUCCCAAACAAAGCGCUUGAAGUUGGAGGAGGUCAACGAUGAGCAGGAUGUCGAAAUACUCGAAAAUAUCAUAAAUAGUCUUCAGGCAGCGGAACAAUUUGAUAGUGUCCAAGCAAUAGCCAAUGAACUAGCGGAAUAAAUGGCUGUCAC